AUGGCGCAAAUGGCUAGGAUACGGGCGGGUCCGGCCGCGCUGCGACGAGCGGCUGGUGGCAAUCAGAUGUCACGUCCGCUUUCACGACCGCUUGCACACCCGACCACGCGACUGUCGAUAGGCGCAUUACGGUCAAGAUGCAUUGCGACGAAUGCUGCGAUCCAGGAACCUGAUGUGGAUUUCCCCGCGGGUGUGCCUCCAGUUUCGGUGCCGGCGUCGUCGAAGGUGGAUGAGCGGAGGAAGGCGAUUAAGAACGCGAAACCUUUUUCUGAUUUCUUGACGGAUACGUUCAAUCGGCAGCAUGACUACCUCCGGAUCAGUAUUACCGAGCGCUGCAACCUGCGGUGUCUGUACUGCAUGCCAGAGGAGGGCAUACCGCUAUCACCCCCCGCCAACAUGCUCACCACGCCCGAGAUCUUCUACCUCUCCUCCCUCUUCGUCUCGCAAGGCGUGACCAAGAUCCGGCUCACAGGCGGCGAGCCCACGGUCCGCCGCGACAUCGUCCCGCUCAUGCAGCAAAUCGGCAGUCUGCGCCCGCGCGGCCUCCGCGAACUCGCCCUCACAACCAACGGCAUCUCGCUGCACCGCAAACUAGAUGCCAUGGUGGAAGCUGGUCUAACCGGCGUCAACCUCAGUCUCGACACUUUAGACCCGUUCCAGUUCCAGAUCAUGACCCGCCGGAAAGGCUUCGACGCCGUCAUGCGGUCAAUUGACCGUAUACUCGAAAUGAACAAACUCGGCGCGAAUGUUAAGCUAAAGGUUAACUGCGUCGUCAUGCGCGGUCUCAACGAGCGCGAAAUCCUCCCUUUUGUCGAAAUGGGCCGCGAGAAAGACAUCGAAGUGCGUUUCAUCGAGUACAUGCCCUUCGGCGGAAAUAAAUGGAGCGAGAACAAGAUGAUCAGUUUCCAGGAGAUGCUAGACAUCAUCCGUACGAAAUACCCUGGCCUAAGACCCGUCCCUGGACACAAAAACGACACGAGCAAAACAUACGAAGUACCUGGCUUCGUGGGCAAAGUCGGCUUUAUCACGAGUAUGACGAACGAUUUCUGCGGGUCCUGUAAUAGGCUUCGCAUUACGAGUGACGGGAAUCUCAAAGUCUGUCUUCAUGGUAAUGCGGAGGUGAGCUUGAGAGACGUGCUUAGACAGGGUAAUAAUGGCGAGCCUAUUGACCAGGAAGCGUUUGAGCGUAUCAGGCAGAUCGAGAUGGACCGGCACGAGGGCCGGCUGAGCGACGAAACGGUGCUGGGCUGGGGCCAACGCGAGCGCGAACUUCUCGAUGUUGUUGGAGCUGCUGUCAAGCGGAAAGCGGAGAAGCACGCUGAUUUGGACGACCUUGCCAAUAUGGAGAAUAGGCCUAUGAUUUUAAUUGGUGGGUGA